CAUCUUUUAACCACAAGCUGCAUGCACAAGCAAAUAUCAGGCUUAGACAUUCGUCUAGCGACCUCAAACAAUGUAUAUCUUAGAACAUCGUUGAUUCUCACAAUCAGGUUCGUCUCUUCAAAAUCUUCGUCAUUUUAUGGUUUUUACCAUAUAAUCCGAGCUCCUUACCGGAGUAUAAGUAGGAACACAGCCCAUGUAUCGUGCCGGCAGGAGGUGCAUUUUCACCUGUUGGAGAUGGCCUAGAAAUACUUUACUAUUUAGACCGACUCAUCUAGCAAAUCAGCCUCUUACGUAUUCGACUAUUCUUGGAAAUUCCAACCACCGUAAUUUCGUCGAUCAUGGAGAUGUCUUUCCACGACAAACCCCUUUCCAACAGCGCGAUGACACAAUAUAUGCCUUGUCAACUGCGGAAGGCAAAGCUGGUAUCGCAGUAAUUCGAAUCUCGGGACCUUCUUGCAAAUCUAUUUAUCAUGGACUCUGUCCGGGAAAACCUGUACUUAAGCCUCGUUAUGCCAGCGUCAGGUCAUUAUAUCAUCCGAACUCUAAUGGAUCGGAGAUACUCGAUCCGGAAGCAUUGGUGCUUUUCUUUCCAAAUCCGAAGACGGUGACUGGCGAUGAUGUGUUGGAACUGCACGUGCACGGCGGCAGCGCAACCGUGAAAGCUGUCCUCUCAGCAAUUCCCAAGUGCGUUGCAGACGGGCUCAUCCGGUACGCCGAGCCUGGGGAAUUCACCAAGCGCGCAUUCCUCAACGACAGGCUUGAUUUGGCACAGGUCGAAGCCCUCAGCGAGACCUUAGCAGCGGAGACAGAGCAGCAGCGACGUGCUGCGGUCCGCGGCAGCAGUGGAUCUCUAGGCCGAACGUACGAGGACUGGCGUCAGCAGCUCUUGCGAGCCCGGGCUGAAAUGGAAGCUCUCAUCGACUUCUCGGAAGACCAGCACUUUGACGAAUCGCCAGCUUCCCUUGUUAGCAAUGUGACGGAGCAGGUGAAGCAAAUCCUCCAGAGCAUACACGUUCACGAAGGAGCAAGUGAACGGAGCGAGCUUCUUCGUAAUGGAAUUAAAAUCGCGCUUGUAGGACCGCCGAACGUCGGUAAAAGCUCCUUCAUGAACCAGGUAGUCGGCAGGGAGGCGUCGAUCGUGUCAGGGGAAUCUGGUACGACACGAGAUAUCAUCGAGGCUAAUCUUGACAUUCGCGGUUAUCUAUGCACCUUUGCGGAUACCGCCGGGUUCAGAAGUGCCGCUGGAAAGGAUCAUACGGGUCCUCGAGGAUCCGAGGCCAAGAUAGGGGCUAUUGAGGAAGAGGGGAUCCGCCGGGCGAGGGUCAAAGCCACCCAAUCUGAUGUAAUCAUCGUACUAGCCUCCGUCGAGGCAGAUGCUCUUGGCAAACCCCAGAUUUGCUCCGACUUAGAGACGCUGAGACUGGCGGCAGAUUCCAAGGCGCGCCUUGUGGUUAUCAACAAGCGUGAUGCUGUCGCCGAUGACGAACUGCAGGAUCUUGUCCGACGAUUCACGGCCGAGGUGCUCGGCAAGAUCGGGGGACUCGAGUCCGUUCGGCCGAUACUCAUAUCUUGUAAGGAGGCGCAAGAUCUAAGUUCUGACCAUACCGACCCCGGGGGGAUACGGGGGGUAACCGAUCAGUUGGUGUCAUCGUUCACAAGUAUGACAUCGCUUCCCGCCACCCUUCAAGAUCUCCACGGUGUUACAGAACGUCAGCGCCAGCUUCUCGUCAAGUGCCGAGGUCAUCUGGAGAGCUACCUUGAGAGCGUGGGCUCUACGACUUUUACGAGCGACGAAAGUAACAUCUACGGCGAGGCUGAAGAAUCCGACGCUGACAUCACGAUGGCGGCCGAGCAUCUGCGCUACGCCGCUAACUUCCUCGGGCGAAUCACUGGUCGUGGAGAAGUAGGAGACGUGGAGGAGAUCCUUGGCGUAAUAUUUGAAAAGUUUUGUGUAGGAAAAUGACUGAAUAAAGAUAACUAUGUAAUACAGAGAUAUAGUAAAGAAGUGUGUUCGCCACUAUCGCCGCCCAAAUGCUUCCAAAUAUUCCAGGUGUAAAUGCUUUUCCCUUUCCGUCGUC